UAAUACGCUUGUGGAAAAACUUCAGCAUUCUAUAUGUGCAAAAUAUUUUGCGCAAUCUACAAAAAAUUCGAGGUAGUCAAAGGCGUGUUAAUUUUUUAGUGUAAAUUUGUGACUUAUUAUCAUCCUAAUUUACUGGUACGUUAACCGGGUAUCAAAUUUACGUCUUGUCCUGCCCUGUAAUUUGCUGACUACCCGUCACGUUGUGUAAUUAACCUAGGUCUGUCCGUGCCGUAUACAAGGUGCAGGUAAAUAUUUUUUCGUGGAAUAUUUGCAUAUCUUUCCCGAUUUCGGGUAGGGAGUGAGAAAAAGAAAAUCCGUGAAUUUAUGAGCAAUUAAAUAUACAUAACUAUAAGCCAAGAUGGUAAAGUUUUACGGUGUAUGCUUGAUUUUACUUGGAUCUUCAAUCUGUUUGGGACACACGGCUGAACAAAUUUAUGGAUUGAAGGUUGUGACCCUUGCAAAGCUUCUCCAGAAGGAUUUUGGUGCAUCGGAUUCGCUCGACUUGAUCACUAAGACGCAAUCUUUCUUUAAUUCGGGGGACAUCUUGAUCAACCAGUUUUCCAAGGGAGACGCCGACCUCGCGCUGAAUGGAUUGGAGUCAUUGGUGAAACAUCAAUAUUUCAAGGAAACUAGUGUAAAAUCGGGAUUUGAAAAAUUAGCGGAGGUGGGAACUAAUGCGGGGCAAUAUGUGACGAAAUUUGGAUACGAAGCUGUCACCACGGUAUUAAAAAUGUUCUUGAAAUAUGCUUCUGCUCAAGUAGGGAACGCUUGUCUAGGAUACUCCGCGUAUCACUUGGUAAAUGGAGGAUACAGACUUUGGAACAUUUAUCAACUUCACGGGGAAAUUAGUCAGGUCCAAGAACGGUAUUUGGAACUGGAAGAGGAAAUUCAAAUAUUCAUUAAAGACGCGGAAACCUAUGUAGAUAAGGUGGCCGAGUUUCAAGAUCGUUUUAGCAACUUAAAAAAGGCCGCCAACUUUGAGGAUGACGAGCAGAGUGGUAUCAGGAGAAUUUUAACAGACGCUGGGGCCGAGUUGAGGAAACGAUAUGACGUUUUGGAGAAACAAAUUGAUGAAUUAACCAAAGACAUUAAAAAGACUAGGGAGGCCGUCCAUGACGAAAAGGAUAAAGGGGUCGGUGUCGCGACAGUCGUUGGCUUGGGAGCUGUCGGGGCGGCGAAUUAUUUUGGAUACGUGACAAUUACAGCUAUCAAUCCCAUCGCGGGUGCAGUAAUUGUCGGUGGGGCUAUUGGGGUUAACGUCUACAAUUAUUGGUGGUCGUCCAACACGUCACAUGAGAAGGACGAUUUGCUUGCCAAAAUGCUGGAGAAUUUGACCAAACUAAGGAAGGAGAUGGACACUGCGAUCAAAUUAGUUCGCGAAGCAAACGCCAGGAUUGAUCUGGGCUACGGGUAUGAUUACAAGAAGGGGUUGAAAUCCCUUUUUUAAAGGUGGUAACUAAUUGAGGAAGUUUUACGUAGUGCAAUAGAAUCGGAUUGUCCUAUGUGGUAUAACUUUGAAGGAAAUCGUGAAUAAAAAUUAUUGCCUUUA